AUGUUCUUCGACAGCGCGAAGAAUGACUACGGGAAGGAUGCCGACCAGAGGGCUCCCCACUACGACACGCUUAAGAACGCGGCCAUAGUUUCUGACGACGACCUGAAGCGACGCGUCGCGGAGACGGACCGCGACACCGACCGCAGCUGGAUGGCCACGAGGCCUCGUGUGGAGGAGGCCACGGGCAAGAAGUGCUCGGACAGCGCCCGCUAUGCGGAUCAGCAGAAGCUACCGCUCCCAGCUUUGGGCGGGGAGAUGCUGGCCGACCUGGCCAAGAUCCCGUUCAAGACCGAUGGUGUGCUUAAGCACAGCUGGGGUGCGGAAGAGAAGUUCAACAAGUCCGAGGCCAACGACUCCUUCGACAACAAGUACUUCCUUUGUGUCCACGAGACCGUGAGGGAGGUCGAGAAAAUCUUCGAGUGUUCGGUUCAGUCAACCAUGGACUAUGAAGAGAAAACACGGCACGACCAUUAUCGAUUGCAGCCCUAUGUCGUGCAUCGUGGCCUUAGGGUUGGAGACGGUUUUCCCUUCUACGGCGCCGAGUCAAUCUCCACCUACACCCCAAUCCAGCAGCGAUGCUUGCGCUAA